AUGUUGGUGGAGAAUUUAACCCUACGAGUGGCAGAUGAAUCUCUCAUUCCGGAUAAAGUUAGUUGUCCACGAGGUUCUUGCAGCAGCUGCCUGAAGACUCUAAACGAGCAGACAGAGGUGGGAAAUGUGACACUGGGAGGUGUUGUGCAGAAACAUGUAUUGCUGCCAUCCCCAGACCACAUAGUUGUUGCUGCACUCUUCCCCAUUCAUCAGCCUUCUCUUGAUGGUGCAGACUGUAGUGAGACUUUAAAUGAGGAGACGAUGCAAGAAGUGGAAGCAUUCCUCUGGGCUGUGGACCAGAUCAAUCGGCACCAGAAGUUGUUGCCAGCGACUACGCUUGGUGCUGUGGUUCUGGAUACCUGUGGAUCUAGGAUCCGCACAAUGAACCAGGUGACAAGCCUUGUUAAGAGCUCUCUUCCUGGCAUCAAUGUUGACAUCAACGACAUCCAGACCUUCAUAACUGCUCUUGACCCAGAAACUGCACGAGUUACAGGCGAGAUUCUGUCCUCUCUCAACAUAACGUCCAUCAACCUGGGGCCAUCACAAGCACACUCUCCGUUUGCGUUACAGAUGAGCCCACCCAUCAACAUGGAGGCAGAAGCAAUGGUUCAGAUGCUGAGAUUUCUUGGUUGGGAUUACGUGUCCCUUGUGGUGUCGUCGGAAGAUCCAGAGAAUUUGGCUGGAGCCGAAGCUUUCAGGACUGUGGCUCAGGCGUCGCGAGUGUGUUUAGCUCACGAUAUUAAAAUGACACCUUUGGAUCCUCCAGCCAUGGCCACUCUUGCUGAUCAGAUUGUGGAGCAGUUGACAGAGAAGGCAGUAGUUGGUGCACGUGCUACUGUUCUCUUCUUGACCGUGAACGACACGAGGGACUUACUCGCUGCUGUCAAGCGGGCAGUUCUCGUCCACCGGUUACUCAAGCAUCAGCUUGUUUUCUUGGGGACUUCUUCAUGGGGGGAUCACAAGGAGAAGCUUCGUGAGUUUGAUUCUGACCUGGGUGGGGCUCUGGUGCUGAAGGAUGGCCAGCAGGAUGUGAGGGACUUCAUAGCACAUUAUAGACUCCUCAACCCUGCAAAAAAUACCAGAAAUCCAUGGUUCAAGGAGUACUGGCAACAGGAGUUUGGAUGUGUAGGAUCAACAUGUCAGUCAACCGCUAUUCCACUACCUGUUGUGCCAUACACAUCUGUACCAUCCACGCCGAGGGUUGUUCAGGCUAUGUUUUCGUUUGGUGCAGCCCUCACGCAGCUAAUAAAUCAUCUGUGUCCCCAGCAUGAUGGAAGAUUAUGCCCAGGGUUGCCCAAAUGGCGGCAAAGAACUGUGCUCAAUGAGUUUUUACGCAACACAGAGGUAUCGCGGGUGGAUAAGCCCUCCGAAUAUUUUCAGUUUACUGAGAACUUCCAUGGCAAUGCCCCACUGGAGGUCUUGAGUCUUAUGCGUUUUCCAGAUCAAAAACCCAUCAAGUAUAAAUAUGAAAAGGUUGGCAGAUACGUUGACAGUGGGCUGACUCUUGGCAAUGCCAUGGUAGAAUAUCAUAAUGGCUCGGUUACCCGCAUGGACCAGUUGCCUUCCUCCUGCACAAGUGGCUGCUCCACGUGCCACCACCAUGAAACAGACUAUGUCUUUAUUGAUUCCCCAGACAAACUGUACAUUAUUGCCACCAUUAAUGUACACCAAAAAGGUGACCGUCCUCUAGAAUGCGGUGGUUUAGAUGGAGAUAAGGGUAUCCAAAUUGUGGAGUCAUUAUUAUGGUCUCUAGAUCGCCUGAACUCUGAUCCGAAGAUCUUGCCCGGUGUGACUCUCGGUGCUAUUAUCCUCGAUGCAUGUACCAGCAAAGAAAAAGUUGUGCGUGAUGUGACCAACUUCCUUACUGGUCGUAUUCCCGAGAGAAUGAGAAAGCAGGUACCAUCCUCAAACAACAUUGUUGGCCUGAUUGCUGGUGGUAUUGGAGAAGAGGUGAGGCAGGUAAUUGAUGUGACCCAACCUUAUGGAAUCACAACUAUUGCAACCCAGGCUUCCAACAGUGUGUACUCCAACACGCGCCGCUUUCCUGUCCUUUUACGCUUGGCACCACCUAAUGAAGUUAUGGGAGGAGCUAUUGCAUCACUCCUGCUCUACUGGAGGUGGGAGGUGUUCAGCGCCGUGUACUCCGAUGGCGGCACGGCUGGUGACAUCCACAAACAUCUCCUGCGGGAAACAGAUGCACACAAUCUGAAAGCUGUUAUAUCUGAACCAGUACCUCUCAAGGUUGACCAGAUUGAGUACAUGAUGAAUGUAUGGACCAAACUAGCUGAGGCAGCACAGCAGGGUGCCCGGGCUGUCAUUCUGCUACUGGAGCCUCACCACGCAGCACUCUUCCUCCAAGCAGCAGCCAAGCUUCGCAAUGAAGGGCUCUUGCGCACUGAUGAUUUUGUCUUCAUUAUGGCAGAGUCUCCUUUGCCCUUCAUAAAACAUGAGAGUGAAGCGCUUGGUAUGGUCGUCUUACAACCUUUUAGUGGCACUGUACAAGAAUUCCAGACUUAUUUCAAGGGUCUUUCACUUGCCAACCACACAGCCUACCCUUGGUUCCAUGAGUUUUGGGCAGAGGUGGGAAAUGUGACACUGGGAGGUGUUGUGCAGAAACAUGUAUUGCUGCCAUCCCCAGACCACAUAGUUGUUGCUGCACUCUUCCCAUUCAUCAGCCUUCUCUUGAUGUCACCUUGA